UGGCCCAUGCGCUUUAAUUACAGAACGCGGGAAAAUCAUCCAACUACCUCUAAAACGACAGCGUUGCGAUGGAAACGAUGGCGUUUCGAUGGUUUUCUCCAUAGCUUUCACCGUUCAAGCUGGAGACAAGUAUGGGACAACCGUGUCGGCAUGAAGAAUGGCUAAUUUGUCAAUCUUCCAAAAAGUUCGAGUAGUUCGCUGUCCCAGAUGCGAUAAUUACUUGCCUGAACCUUCGGGAAUCUCUGUUUAUCAGUGUGGAGGGUGUGGUGCUGUUCUUAGAGCAAAGGGAAAAGUUCCCCUUAUUGAGAAAAAAGAUUCUGGGAGCUGUGAGAAACUUGAAUAUUUAUCAGAACAAGGAGGUAGUAGUUCGGGUGGUGCUUCUGACUCUGAGUGGGGCAGUCCAAGCAUGGAGCCAACUCCAAGUACAAGUAGAAUAGAGAGAGACUUCAGGUCCAGAAGGACUGCCUUUAGCAACAGUCCAAUUAGAUCAAAUGAUAAAGAGGAUUUAGAUGAUUAUGAGAGGAAGAGUGAGAAGGGAACCAAGGGAGUUUGGCCCAUGCAGAGACUUGCAGAUAAAGAAGUUGGUUUGGUUGAAGAAUCACAUGGUCGAUUUUCAGAACAACGUAUCGAGAACUGGGUUCGUCGAUAUAAUCCUGAAAAGGACAUGAAUAUUUACGAUUCUGAUUCUUCAAGUACAGCACCUUAUGGUAAUCCUAUUGGAACAGCGAGAAACCGAGCAAAUUUUGAGCAUCAAAGAGUUGAAAGAGAUGCAUUCAGAGUGUAUUCUGGAAACUCUAUGGAUGUUGCUGAUAAAAAAGGAAUUCCAAAUUUCCGCUAUCCUAGCGACAGACCUUCAAGUUCGAACUUGGAUAUGUUCUAUGGUCAUCAUGAGCCUGUUCGGACCUAUGAACAUGCUGUGGAAGGUUUGGACCCAAAUCGAGCUGAACUCCUUAGGAGGUUGGAUGAGUUGAAAGACCAAAUUUUAAAGUCUUGUGAUUUGGGAGAUAAACCAAGAGUUGUCACUGAUAGAGCUCCAGUCGAUUCAUACUGCGGUCGACCUCCUUACAAUGUACCGAUGCAAUUCUCGACACAGAGCCCACCGCACAUCCAUGGUCCUCAUUACUCCGACCGGGACAUUGGAACCUUUCCUGAAACAGGUCAUCAUCACAGAAAUGGUGAUGAUUUCUUACAUCCUCCCAGGCAUGUUGUGAAAGACAUUCCACUGUACGAGGAUCGGUUUCAGCAGCAAACGACAAGGAAGGCUAACUAUCCGCCAACUCAUCAAUAUCCGCCAAGGCUUCCUCGUGAACACUAUCUGGAAAGAUUCAUGGAUUACGAACAAGAUCCUCAUGCUCAAGAUGCUUUCUUUCACCAUCCCACCUGCUCUUGUUCACAAUGCAGCAAAAGAAACAGGCAAGGCCCUCCUCAAGCGCCAAACUCUCCUAUAAGCAAUCCAAGAACUCCAAAAGAACCAAUCAAAUCUAGCAUGUAUCAUAAUGAGGAUCAUGUUACAGUUGGAUUCAAGGCUUCCACUUCGCAACGUGUCAAUCGGUUCCCAUCUCAAGACAUACAUCCACACUCAAGACAGCCAAGUGAGCUUGAAUCAGACAUUGAUGGUUUUCGUGUGGGCCAACCAAGUACUGCAGUUUUGCAAAGAAAUGGAAAGAUUUGUGAUGCCGUUGCAGGUGGUGCCCCGUUCAUUGUAUGUUUUAGUUGCUUGGAAUUGCUGAAACUGCCAAGAAAACUUUACAAGCUGGAGAUGGAUUGGCAGAAACUACAGUGUGGUGCUUGUUCGGUUGUCAUUACCGUAAAAGUCGAGAACAGAAGACUUGUUGUAAGCGUUCCAGCAGAAACCAAGGCCAAAGAAGUUUCCCCUGAUGAUGGUUCCCCCAAAAGAGUUGUCAAUGCCACCAACUCCUGCUUAGAAAGUUCUGAUAAUUCUAGUAACAAAUUGAUCAACACCAGCCACGUCAAGCCAUCUGACGACCAGGAUUUGAAUAUUGGUGAAUCUAAAAAGCAAGAAGUAAUAUCUUCAUCUCUCAUUUCUUCAAAAGAAGAGACUCCAGCCAGCAAUUGUGGCCUGAAAGAUCUCUCCAACUCUACUGAACUGCCUUCAAAAAACACACCAUCUUUAGCAAAUUCUAAUGAGAAUUCAGAUAACUCUUCUUAUAAUGAGCAUGAACCAAGAAAAUAUAGAGAGGGAAGUGAAAAUGAGCAGAAUACUGUGAUCCACGAUGUCACCGGGGCAAGUGAGUUGGACGUUUCGUUUGAAGAUUAUUCAAACACUCAUGUUUCUCUAGAUUCAGUGGAAAUAAGCAAAGAAGAAGAGGAAGAAGUUCAAAACAAGACCAGUAAUGAAUCUGAAACCUUUUUUGUGGGUCUCAGCAGGAACAACUUGAGAGAUUUCUCAAGAUCUAGUGAAAUUGUGGAUAAUGGAAGACCUAAUGUUUCAGUUAACGGCCAGCCUUUACCACCUCAUGUAGUAAAAAAGGCUGAAAAGCUAGCUGGGCCAAUUCUACCUGGAGAUUAUUGGUAUGAUUACCAAGCUGGAUUCUGGGGUGUUAUGGGCCAUCCAUGUCUUGGCAUCAUUCCUCCGUUUAUCGACGAGUUCACCUAUCCAAUGCCAAGGAACUGUGCUUCUGGAAACACUGGAAUCUAUAUCAAUGGGAGAGAACUUCAUCAAAAGGAUUUGGAGCUGCUUUCUAGCAGAGGGUUGCCUACUACUACAGAUAAAUUUUAUAGAAUCGACAUCUCGGGAAGAGUUGUCGAUGAAAGUUCCGGGAAAGAAUUAUAUUUCCUGGGAAGACUCGCCCCGACCAUUGAAAAAGUAAAGCAUGGGUUUGGCAUGAAAGUACCAAGAACACUCAAGUGAGACAUACAAGCAUUCCAGAGUUUCGGAACUCCCCCUCGGAGACUCGGCUUCUGAUUCGUGUAAAAUAAGCCGAUGCAGCAAUCGACCCAUGUACAUCCAAUCAGUGGUUGAUGGCUAACACCUAUACCUUUUUGCCCUGUGGAACUCAAAAACAUUUGCUUUAGAUUCUUUCUGAAACGUGAGAUUGUUUUGUCUGUAUAAUUUGUCUCGAGUAUGUAAAUUUGAAGUUUGUUAGAAAAAUUGUGGGGGUCAUUAUUUAUCUAUAUUUUUUUAAAUUUAAUGUUCAAAUUACAAUCCAUUACUUAUGCAUAAAGAACAAGAUUGAUGUGGUGAAACAAAA